UUGAUUGGCAGUCGGAGCUGGCGACGUGAGGCGGUCUUUGGUCAGGCUUCACCGAGAUCCUGGGAAAGCGAAAUGGAGGGGUGUGUGUCUAACCUAAUGGUCUGCAACCUGGCCUACAGCGGGAAGCUGGAGGAGUUGAAGGAGAGGAUCCUGGCCGAUAAAUCCCUGGCCACUAGGACUGACCAGGACAGCAGAACUGCCUUGCAUUGGGCAUGCUCAGCCGGACAUACAGAAAUUGUUGAAUUCUUGCUGCAACUUGGAGUGCCAGUGAAUGAUAAAGAUGAUGCAGGUUGGUCUCCUCUUCAUAUUGCUGCUUCCGCUGGCCGGGAUGAGAUUGUAAAAGCUCUUCUGGGAAAAGGUGCUCAAGUGAAUGCUGUCAAUCAAAAUGGCUGUACUCCCCUACAUUAUGCAGCUUCCAAAAACAGGCAUGAGAUUGCUGUCAUGUUACUGGAAGGCGGGGCUAAUCCAGAUGCUAAGGACCAUUAUGAGGCUACAGCAAUGCACCGGGCAGCAGCCAAGGGUAACUUGAAGAUGAUUCAUAUUCUUCUGUACUACAAAGCUUCCACAAACAUCCAAGACACUGAGGGUAACACUCCUCUACACUUAGCCUGUGAUGAGGAGAGAGUGGAAGUAGCAAAACUGCUGGUGUCCCACGGAGCAAGUAUUUACAUUGAGAAUAAAGAAGAAAAGACACCCCUGCAAGUGGCCAAAGGUGGUCUGGGUUUAAUACUCAAGAGAAUGGUGGAAAGUUAAGCAGCUUGGAUUUACUCUUACUUUGUAUGUUUUGUGGUUGUCCCCUACUGUCCUAGAAACUAAUGUACUUGUGCACAAGAUGUCAUCUAUGAAUUAUGAAGUUGUUUCAUCUUCCAAGUAUUAUAAACAUGUUGACUAUUGUUCCUGCUGAGGUAUUUUUUUCUUAGCUUACAACUUGCUUUCCAGGCAUUGAAUAACAAUAAUAAUAAUUGAGAUUGUUCUAUUGUUGUAUAUUAUUCUGUAUUGAAUCUUGGUUAACUUUGAGUCAGUGAUUCUGUGGCUGUUGUGAGUCUUCAGCACCCUGCCAUGCACCCUUUAUCCCCCUCUGAGGCAGAACAACCCCAAUAGCACCAGGCCAAUUGUUUUGCCAAAUGUUUCUAGGUGGAUUCUAGAAUGUUCUUCCAUACAGUUGAAACACAUCGUAACUCGUUUUUCAAGCCCACUCAGAGGCCUAUGCCAAAUAUUUCUGUUUUUUCCAACAGUAUGGUUUAAUUUGUUUUUGUUAUAGGAGGAAUACUUACAUAUUGUGAGGAUGAAAUUUUCAGUUCAGAGGGCAGGCACGCUAUCCAAGUUUGGCAUUCAUAAACACUAAAAUAAUGAAAAAUAAUAGCCUGUGUACCAAUGUAUCUUUUUAAUGAUGAGCUAUUUCCCUCCAAAAUAAAGUGUAUUGUUUUACACAGGCCUCUCACUGUUGUGACCUCUCCCGUUGCGGAGCACAGGCUCCGGACGCGCAGGCUCAGCGGCCGUGGCACACGGGCCCAGCUGCUUCGCAGCAUGUGGGAUCUUCCCGGACCGGGGCACGAACCCGUGUCCCCUGCAUCGGCAGGCAGACUCAACCACUGCGCCACCAGGGAAGCCCAAGUUUAUUGUUUUUAUAAAGGAAGUUUUAAAGUACCUAUAUUAAGUCAUCCUGUAUUGAAAAGAAUGUCAAGCUUGUUAUGAUGUGUAACAAAAAUGUGUUUUUAUUUGUAUUUCAGAAACUAAAAAAAUAAAAUGUUGAGAGAAUCUCCCAAUUCUUUUUGCAAAUCAGACACCCACUUAAGCCUUUAAAUCCUUUAUAAAGACAAUUUCUUUAUAAAGACAAUUUCUGGGUAGCUCUGAAGUCAAUAAAAUCAGUGAAGCUUGACCUGCAGCUAAAAUCUUUAAAAAUAGUAAUCUUCUGAAUUGCUAAUUAAAUGUGGAGCAAAAGAAAAUUAAUAAGUGUAAACUUGAUCUCAAUUUAGGGAAACAUUUUAAAUGAUUACUAGUCAUAAAAUCUAAUGAACUGCAGGUGACUCUUCAAAUUAUUUUUUAAUUUGAACUUUAUGCUGCAAAUAUUGCUUGAAAUAAGUAAUCCAAGUGAGUCCACAAACUUCAAUUAAUUUGGGGUCAGAGACUUAAUGACCAGUAUCUAAAAUGAGUUUUGUAAACGCAAACCGUGUUGUUGAUAUUCAGACCCUUUUACAUAAGUAUUUUGAGUGCUGAGCUUUACGAUUAUUAAUCAGGGAAGCAUAUUCUUAUGGAACUAAACUUUGUUUAUUGAAUGCCAGGGAUAGAACUAAUGACAGGGGAAAUAAUUUGUUUCUAAUGCUUUUUAGCAUGAUCAAAGAGUAAAGUUAUAUCUAAUAGGGCCUGUUAGGGCUGAAGGUAUUCAUAAGUACUGAGUUUUAUUGUCUGAGGUAAUAGGCUUUGUGAAUGCAAAAGAAAAUUCAUCUUAGUUCUUUAUAAUACAGAUGGAACCAGGCCUCAGGUAAUUUGUAGGCUGUUGGCAUUUUAAGUGAAGUGGCUUAACAUUUCAAUCAUUGAUUUGUGUAAACUAAGGAUAUUGAUGGCCUCGGAUAUUGAUCAGAUUGUUACCUGUUCCCUGUAGGAAACCCAAUAGAGAUGAAGCUGAUUCAAGUUCAGCAGGUUUUACAGUUACUUUCAAGAUGAACUCAGGAAAGAUGACAAUUUUAAUUGUAGAGCUUAACUGAGAAUAUAAGAUGGAAGAAACAGGCAUUAAGACGAUAGAAAUCAUCUCCAUUUUACAGAUGAGCAGACACUGAGAACUAGCACUACAGCCAACACUAAAAUCUAGCUUUCCUGGAUCCUGAUCCAUUUUCUUUCUGCCUCUACUCAAAAACAAUGGGCCAAAUGGAAGAUCACUAUUAUUUGGAGGCCCUCCACAGUGCUGUACAAAUUCCAGCCUUCCCUUCAGUCAGCACACUACUGUUGAUAAUGACGUGCAAGAACUUGUCAUAGUUAGAAAAGCUGUAUAUUACAUGAAGACAAGAGCUAGCUCUGAUUCUGCUCACCAUUGUAUCAUCAGCCACAGUAUCUGGUCCAUAGUACCCAUUCAGUAAGUGUCCAGUGGGUGACUGAAUACACAGAUGAAUUUGGGGAGAAUAAGGACCGACAGACAGCCCAAAAGCUGUUCCAUUGACUUUAGCAUAUCCUAGUUGCUAAAUGCUGAAACAAAGAGGUGACAGAAGUUCCUGGAAGUCUUUUUGGGUGGUGAGAAGUGAAUGGUUAAGAAGCCAAGGCUGGUUUCGAAUUUCGUUGGGACUACCUGUAAGGUCAGAUCUUAACAAACGGCACCACGAAACAGAGGAAAGCUUCAAGUGAGCUCUUAUUAGGGAGCGCUCCCGGGCGAGGUUCACUGGUCCGAGAGAAAGGGGGCCAGAGAAGUCGCGCCCGCGCGAGGGUUGGGCAAGAUUUUAUAGGGGAAGAAGGGAAAGGGGUGUGGUGAAUCUGGGAGGGCACAGGGUAUUCCUUAUUUGGUGGUCUUUUCGGGUAUCCUGGGGGACCGUUAGUCCCGCCCCUCGAAAGGCGGGAAGGCUGGGCUGGUUUCAAAGUCCCCAGGUCAGUUCCUGGAACUGGGUGGUCCGGAGAAUUUCGUUCUGAUGCAACCUGUGAAUCUGAUUGUGUUCCCCUGCCUCGGGCCAGUUGGCCUUACAUCCCGACAUCUUUGGUGUAAUGGGGCGGCGUUCUGAUCUCUGGCUACUUCAUGCUGAAUGGGGGCGUCGAAAGGGGAGUCGGGCGACCAGAGGUCCGAGGCUUAGGGGAGACCAGUGGGGGGGUUCUGUAGGAAGCAAGGUGUUAAGGACCGAGGAGCAUUUGGUUUGUGGCCACCCGAGAGACUUCCUCCAUGCGCCUGCGAAGGAACCUAAGAAAACAGGGAGCAAACAUGAGCAAGAUACAGAUGAGAAUUAAGGGGCCUAAGAUUGGUGUUAGCCAGGUAUAGAGGGUGGAUCGCCACCAAUCGGGAAUUGGGGAGGCGAGGCGGACUGUUGGUGUUUGCGUUGGAGUUCUUCUCUUAAGCGAUGGAGGGCUUUUACGUUGUCUUCGACGAGUCCUGUUUCAUUGAUGUAAUAGCAGCAUUCCUCCUGUAGGAAGAGGCAGGUACCUCCUUUGUCGGCCGUCAGGAGAUCCAGGGCUCGUCGAUUCUGGAGAGCGACUUGGGCUAUGGAGGUGAUUUGGCGCUGGAGAGAGGAGAUGGAGCUGGCGGAGGCUUCAAUGGCUAGCUGGAGUUUAUAUUCUAAGUCGCGGGAUGUUGAAACACUAUGUGUUAGGGAGGUGUGGGAAGUAGAAUUGAAGGGCUGGUCGAGCGGGACAGCAGCCAAGGGCGGCCGGCCAGGCGAGGCACAUAGAAAGCAGUCAGAGAUGUUACCUGUUCCUGUGUGGUUGAGUAUCUGUACUGCUUGACGGACGAGGGUCAACCAAGAAAAAGGAUCCUCUUUGUGUUCGGGGUGAGGUAGUUGGUGUCUUAGGGCUUGUUCUGUUCCCUGGAUGGCAGUGGCUUGUUCGCUCAACUGUUGGAUAACUUUGGGAAUCAAACUGAUAUAUGAGCGAAAGACCCUGAUAGAGCCCACGGGGUAGGCAUCAGUUGCCCAUCGGUAGGUUUUUCCUUGUACCCCUUUUACCCAUCUUGUGUCCCAGGGAUCUUUGAUGUUGAUGAAUAAUUGACCCUUGCCAUUUCUGGUGAGCAGGUGGGAUUGUCGGAGCGAGCUCCUGGUAUCUAGUUUUGCCACAUGGAUGUUACAUGAGUGAUAGGGGCACCCCCCAUAGGUCUCAUUCCACCAUUGACAGUAGUCUCGGGUCUGAUCGUAAGUGAAGCAGACAGCGGGGGUGGACCAUCCCAAGGGAACACCUUCUAUGUUAAGAGAUGGGGAUCUGGACUGUUACCAAGGCCUGGCACCCAUCUGGUUGGCAGUCUCCCGUGCCCAGGACUCGGGUGUGGGUCCGACCUUUAGCUUGCCAUGUCCCGUGGACAUGGAAGCGCCAUAGGGACAUCUGGUGAGUCCUGGGUGGCAGGAGGAGCAGCAGGAGGAGAGACAGGGUGACGGACAAGCCGUAGUCUCGUGGGACCCAGCGGUAGGGCUGUCCAAGUCUCUGGAGUUGGGGCCAUUUUAAGGCGGGAAACAUGGUACCAGGAAGGGUGUCCCAAGAGUUUAGCUGCCGUGGGAGUGGUGAGGAUCACCGUACGGGGGCCUGUCCACCGUGGUUUGAGAGAUUGAGGGUGUAAUUCUUUGAGGAGGACGCUAUCGCCGGGUCGUAGAGGGAGAGAGGAAGUUUCAGAGACAGUCACUGUCGGUAGAUGACGGUCAGCGUGUUCGCGGAGAAGAUGGCGAAGCAGGGAGAGGUAGGGAAGGUAGGAGGCUAGGGGUGGACUCUGGGUUGGUAGGUUGUGAAGGAGGAAAGGGCGGCCGUAAAGUAGUUCAAAUGGACUGAGGCCAGUAGGAGUCCGAGGUGAGGCUCGGAUUCGGGUAAGGGCUAGAGGAAGCAGGUCGGGCCAUGAGACACGGACCUCAAGGGACAGUUUGGUGAGGUGGUCUUUUAAGAUCCCCUUGGCGCGUUCAACCUUACCAGAUGAUUGGGGGUGGUAGGGGAUGUGGAGUUUCCAGGUGAUCUGGAGAGCCUGUGAUACCUGUUGAACCACCUGAGAGACAAAGACGGGUCCGUUAUCUGACUGAAUGGAGACCGGCAGACCAAAUUGGGGGAUGAUGUGUUGAAGCAGGAUGGUGGCGACUGUGUCUGCCGUUUCUCGAAUUGUUGGAUAGGCCUCGAUCCAACCUGAAAGGGUGUCAAUGAGAGUGAGCAGAUAUCGGAAGCGUUUGCAGCGGGGCAUAUGGGUAAAGUCGAUCUGCCAGUCUUCACCAGGCUGAUGUCCACGCACCUGGUGUGCAGGAAUUCGGGGCCGUAGGCCUCCUUGUGGGGAGACGGAUGCACAGGUUUGGCAGGCCAUGUGAGUCUUUGAGAUGGCCUCUCUAAGUCCUGGCAGAUGAAAGAGGGGGUCCAAAACACGGAACAUUGCUUUUGGACCAAUGUGUAAGGAUUUAUGGAUGUCUGAUAGGAGGCUGGCUGCUUGGGCCAGAGGUAGGGCAAUUUUGUUGUCUAUAAAAAUCCAUCCUUUGUUGUCUUUGUGUCCCCCUUUUGAUAGUAAGGGAGCUUCCUCGUGCGGGGUAUAUGUGGGUUGGGUAGGACUGGUGAAAAAUAGGAGUGGAGCUGGAGGAUCCCCUUUUGUAAGCUCUCGGGCCACGGAAUCGGCCUUCGAGUUACCUUGUGCUAUUGGGUUGGAUGGGAGUUGAUGACCCCUGCAAUGGAUAAUUGCUACUUCUUUAGGAAGCUGGAGGGCCUCCAGUUUUGCAAUGAGGGAAGCGUUGACCACUGGGGAUCCCUUAGUGGUCAGAAAUCCGCGUUCCCUCCGUAGUGCUGAGUGGCUGUGUGCAAUGAGAAAGGCAUAUUUAGAGUCUGUGUAGACGUUAACCCUUUGGUCUUUGGAAAGAUUAAGGGCUCGUGUAAGUGCGAUUAGUUCAGCCUUUUGGGAGGUCGUUCCUUCUGGGAGGCUGUUAACCUCGAUAAUAGUUGAGAUAGUUACCACCGCGUAGGCUGCCCGUCAGCGCCCGUCAGGACCGAGUAUCGAACUACCGUCGACAAAGAGAUUGCGGUCCGGAUUUGAAAGAGGGGUGUCAAAGAGUCCCUCUCUUGGUGGUUUGAAGGCUUCUAUGACAUGAGGGCAGGAAUGGGAUGGAAAACCCCCAGUGCCAGAGAUAGGCAGGAGGGAAGCCGGGUUCAGGCGAGGGGAGAGAUCAAGAGAAACAGCUGGGUUUUCAAUGAAUAGUAGAUGGAACUCCUGGAUGCGGGAGGGGCCCAGGAGGGAGAGAGACUUGUGGCCUAGGAGGUCAACCAGCCGGUGGGAGGAAAACACGGUUAGUGGGUGGGCCAGAGUCAGUGUGAGUGUUUGUUUGGUCAGUUCGGCUGCCGCUGCUAGGGCCCGAAGGCAUGGUUGCCAUCCCCAAAUGGUUGGGUCUAGCUGUUUGGAGAGGUAAGCCACGGGGCGGUAGGAAGGCCCUACAGGAUGGGCAAGGAGUCCAGUGGCUAUUCCAGCCCGUUCAUCCACAAAAAGGUGAAAAGGUCGGUUUGGGUUGGGCAGAGAAAGGGGAGGAGAAGAUAUCAGAGCGUUAUGGAGGGUGAGAAAGGCCUGUCGAACCGCGGCGGAAGGAGAGGUGAAGGGUCCUUGAGGGGGUUCUUUAGCGGCUAGAUAUAAGGGUUUAGCGAGGAGAGCAAAGUUAGGGAUCCAGUGUCAGAAAAAUCCUAUAAGGCCCAAAAAGGAGAGAAUUUGUUCCGCUGUUUCUGGAGGCUGGAGUUCACGGAUAAUCCGGGUGUGGUCGGCUGUUAGACCUUUUGUGGUAGGGGUAAGGUGGAGCCCCAGGUAGGUUACAGAAGAUACAGAUAACUGAGCCUUGGCUGGGGAGACCCGAUAACCGCGAGAGCCAAGGUAAUUGAGGAGAUCUGCAGUGUGUUGUCUUGAGAGGCUGAGAGACGGGCUACAAAGGAGGAGGUCAUCUACAUAUUGAAGGAGUGUGCUGGGGGUAAGGGAGCAGGAAGUGAGGUCCCGUGCCAGCGCCUGACCGAAGAGGUGAGGACUGUCGUGGAAGCCCUCGGGAAGAACUGUCCAGGUGAGCUGACUGGAAGUAUGAGUAUCCGGCUCCGUCCAGGUAAAGGCGAAGAGGAAAUAGGAGUCGGGAUGUAGGGGGAUAGUGAAAAAGGCAUCUUUGAGAUCCAGAACCGUAAAGUGGGUUGUGGAUGGGGGGAUAUGGGAGAGCAAGGUGUAUGGGUUUGGUACUACUGGGUGGAGGGGAACUAUGGCCUCAUUGAUUAUUCGGAGGUCCUGGACCAGGCGAUAAUCCCCAGAGGCCUUGCGGACAGGCAGGAUGGGGGUGUUGCAGGGAGAGUCAGUGGGGAUAAGGAGUCCCUGGUUUAGGAGUCUGGUGAUAAUAGGUUGUAGGCCCCUAAGGUGAGUCUCAGAGAUGGGAAAUUGGGGCCUUGAUGGAAAUUUGGAGGGGUCCUUUAGGCGGAUGAGAACGGGGGAAUGGUGUGUUGCUAUUAUGGGCUUAGAAGUAUCCCAGACUCGGGGAUUGAUUGGAUUCGGUGUGAUUGGAAGAGGGGGAUAAGAGGGGGAGGGUUCUAGAGACAGGCCGAGAAGAGGAAGCAGGAGUUGGGAGGAGGGGACCUUAGGGUCAAGUCUGACCAGCUGGAGGGAGGCCACUAAGUGGAAAAGGACAUCUCGGCCUAGCAAGGGAACUGGGCAGGAUGGUAUGACUAAGAAGGAAUGAGUAAAAGGGAGUCCUUCGAUAUGACAUGGGAGUGGACCGGUCUGGAGUGGGAAGGAUGGUUUGCCAUCAAUACCCAUGACCGAGAUCUGGGAAGGAGAAACUGGCCCGGAAUAAGUAGGCAGGACCGAAUAGGUAGCCCCCGUGUCCACCAGAAAUGAGAUGGACUUACCCGCUCCCUGUAGCGUUACCCUGGGCUCGGCGAGGGUGAUGGGGGUCUUCGAGUCCGGGCGCCGUCAGUCGUCAGCCGAUCCCAGCAGUUCGAGUGGCAAUGCCGCAGGGUCGGCCUGCCCCCCGCGUGGAGCCGCUGAGGGAGGGCCAGUCGUAGGGCAGUCACUCUUCCAGUGGCCCGUGAGCCCGCAGCUGGGACAGGGCUUAGAAGGAGGUCGGGGAUUGGGACAGUGGCGAGCCCAGUGGCCUUCUUUUCCACAUUUGAAGCAGGCCCCCGGCGGGGUUGCCUUUUGCGGACCCCGUGGAUGCUGUGAUCCAUGGGAGAUGGCCGGCCUUAGGGCGGCUACAAGAGCUUGGGUUUGGAGGGCCACCUUCUGGUGCAUCCGAGCCUGUCGGCUGGAUUCUGCCAAAUCCUCAGGGCCAUUGUAGACUUUAAAGGCCAUCUUUACCAGAUCUCGAAUAGGGGUUUGAGGGCCGUCUUCUGCCCGUUUUAAUUUCUUUCGGAUGUCCGGGGCUGAUUGGGUGAUAAAAUGGGUGGCUAGGACCGCUGCCCCUGCCGGGGUGUCGGGGUCCAGCCGGGCAUAGAGAGUUAAGGCCUCCGUAAGGCGAUUGAGAAAGGUAGCUGGAUUUUCGUUAGGUUCUUGGGUUCUCUCUUUUAGUUUUUCAAAAUUGACUACCUUAUGAGCGGCGGCCUGCAUGCCAGCCAGGAGGCAUUGGAUCAUGAGGUCGCGUUACGGUGGCCAUCUUGGCAAUCCUGAUAAGUCCAGCCUGGAUCGGUGCCAGGCACGGCAGUCGCUCCGACAGGCAUGGAGUUGUCGGUAAGGUGAACCUGAUCUGCAUGGUUUCGGGCAGCAGUUUGAAUUCUUUCCCUCUCGUCAGGGGUCAGAGUAGAAGAUAGGAUCACAAAGAUAUCGUGCCAGGUUAGAUCGUAAGCUUGAGAGAGAGAGCGAAAUUCUUUGAUGUAGCGGGAAGAGUCGGCAGAAAAGGAGCCUAAUCGCUUUUCUAUUUGAGAGAGAUCUUGGAGAGAAAAGGGAACAUGAACUCUAACUAAUCCUUGCGCUCCUGCUACCUCCCUCAGAGGGCAGAGGAGGUUUGAAUCUUGGGAGUCGUGAGAGCGUGUAUGUGCACGAAUUGGCGAAGCAAGGGGCGUGGGAGGAGAAACCGUCGAGGGAGGCGGGGGACCGGUUGGAGGGGACGGAGAGGGUUCGGGAGGAGGAGGGACCGCCUCAGGGUAGGGUGGAGGUUGGAGAGGAGCUCUGGAGGGGGGAGAGGCGAGAGAUUCGGAUGGGUCGGCUAGUGGAGAGGGGUCAUCGUCAAAGGAAAUUAAGGGCUUGAAUGUAGGAGAUGUCUGUUUGGCAAGAAGGAUCUGGGAAGUGGAACAAUCGACGCAGAGGGAAGGGCGGGAGCGCAAAUACCAGAAGGCCUGAACAUAGGGGACCUCGGACCAUUUGCCCGUCCUGCGGCAGUAAUUAUCUAGAUCACGGAGGAUGUUAAAAUCGAAAGUCCCUUCAGGAGGCCAUUUGGAUUGAUUGUCUAGAGGAUAUUGUGGCCAGGCCACAGUGGAAUAGAAAAUAAGCCGUCGGCGACGGAGAUCUUGGGAGAAACUGAGGGCUGUAAAAUUGGCUAGGAGACACCCCAGGGGCGUCUUAGGAUCUGGUUUCGAUUGUGAGGUUCCCAUGACCCCCAGUCUGUCCCUGAGUGAAUGGAGAGGGAGAGAGGCGUCCCUGGUCUCAGUCUCCAAUUCACGGCAGGUCGGAGGGCGGUCAGGCGAUUGGGACGUCUCCGCAAUCACCCGAGGCCCGGCGGGUCGGAGAGCGGUCAGGCGAUUGGGACGUCUCCACAGUUGCCCGAGGCCCGGAGAGAGGACGGAGGGAUCCCUGACGCGGCCGUGAUUAAGGACAGGGAGUCCGGUGGGCAGGGACUCUGAGGGUCGGAGGGAACAAGAGAGGGGGGCUUACCCCGUGUUCUGCCGGAUCGUGUGGAUGAGUAGAGGUUCCCUGGUUGUCUCCUGGGGGAGGGGAGGAGCGGCCCGCGCGGUAACCCGCGGGGCUUGGUACCCCUCCCGGGUUUCGGCACCAAAUGUAAGGUCGGAUCUUAACAAACGGCACCUUUCUCCAAAGAAGAUAUACAGAGUGCCAACAAACACAUGAAAGAAUGCUCAACAUCACUAAUCAUUAGAGAAAUGCAAAUCAAAACUACAAUGAGAUAUCAUCUCACACCAGUCAGAAUGGCCAUCAUCAAAAAAUCUAGAAACAAUAAAUGCUGGAGAGGGUAUGGAGAAAAGGGAACCCUCUUACACUGUUGGUGGGAAUGUAAAUUGAUACAGCCACUGUGGAGAACAGUAUGGAGGUUCCUUAAAAAACUGCAAAUAGAACUACCAUAUGACCCAGCAAUCCCACUACUGGGCAUAUACCCUGAGAAAACCAUAAUUCAAAAAGAGUCAUGUACCAAAAUGUUCAUUGCAGCUCUAUUUACAAUAGCCCAGAGAUGGAAACAACCUAAGUGUCCAUCAUCGGAUGAAUGGAUAAAGAAGAUGUGGCACAUCUGGAAUAUUACUCAGCCAUAAAAAGAAACGAAAUUGAGCUAUUUGUAAUGAGCUGGAUAGACCUAGAGUCUGUCGUACAGAGUGAAGUAAGUCAGAAAGAGAGAGCCAAAUACCGUAUGCUAACACAUAUAUAUGGAAUUUAAGAAAAAAAAAAUGUCAUGAAAAACCUAGGGGUGAAACAGGAAUAAAGACACAGAUGUACUGGAGAAUGGACUUGAGGCUAUGGGGAGGGCGAAGGGUAAACGGUGACAAAGCGAGAGAGAGGCAUGGACAUAUAUACACUACCAAAUGUAAGGUAGAUAGCUAGUGGGAAGCAGCCGCAUAGCACAGGGAGAUCAGCUCGGUGCUUUGUGACCAC